AAAGAAGAGUUACACCAUGUACAGCAAGUGAAAGAAAGUCUCUGUGUGUGUUUUUGCAGAAGUUGAGGGUUUUCUCUGCUGCUUCCAGGAGUGAAAGCUGUGCCUUUAAUACUCAUUGAGAGAGAGAUACCCAAGGAAGAGAGUACUGCUCUGAAGGGAAAAGUUGAGGGAAACUGGGGAUUCAGCUACAUUUGCCCCGGACCUCUUAACUGUUGGAUGUGGUGAUCUCCAUGGUAACUCAAACCCCCAGACUCUUGACAGCAGCCUGCGACAAGCAGCAUUCAACAGCUCAAAGAUCUCACGAACAGAGUGUGGAUCACACUUCUUAUAAACCUCAUCAUAUUGAGGUGGGGCUAAGAUGAGCAUAACCAGUGACGAAGUGAAUUUCUUGGUGUAUCGCUAUCUCCAGGAAUCAGAUGGUGCUCCCAAGACCCAGAUAUCAGACUGUGGAAGAUAUUUUCCAGCAGUUACAUCUGGUUUCUUGGCAAGCUCUUCAAGCAGUUGUGCUGGCAGCUUUGGAGUUAUUUAGGAGACUGAUAAUGAGACUUAAGUGACAAAUCACACCUUAUAAAAAAUUAAGGUUUUUCCCAUUCGGCCUUUACAUUCGGUAUUGAAAGUCACAUUAGUCAGUCCAACAUCAACGGAACACUAGUGCCACCUGCUGCCCUCAUCUCCAUACUUCAGAAAGGUCUGCAGUAUGUGGAGGCUGAGAUCAGCAUCAAUGAAGAUGGUACAGUAUUUGAUGGCAGGCCAAUAGAGUCACUAUCGCUGAUAGACGCAGUGAUGCCUGACGUUGUUCAGACCCGGCAACAGGCAUUCAGAGAGAAACUAGCUCAACAACAAGCCAGUGCAGCAGCAGCAGCAGCAGCAACGACAGCAACAGCAGGAACAACGACAACUGCUAUUUCCCAGCAAAACACACCAAAGAACGGAGAAGCCACUGUGAAUGGAGAGGAGAAUGGGGCACAUGCAAUAAAUAAUCAUUCAAAGCCAAUGGAAAUUGAUGGGGAUAUUGAAAUUCCUCCUAACAAAGCAACAGUCCUUCGGGGCCAUGAGUCAGAGGUGUUCAUCUGUGCCUGGAACCCUGUCAGUGACCUACUAGCAUCCGGAUCUGGAGACUCAACAGCCAGAAUAUGGAAUCUCAAUGAAAACAGCAACAGCGGUUCCACUCAGUUAGUUUUGAGGCACUGCAUAAGAGAAGGAGGACAUGAUGUCCCCAGCAAUAAGGAUGUGACUUCAUUGGACUGGAAUAGUGAUGGAACACUAUUGGCUACAGGAUCAUAUGAUGGUUUUGCAAGAAUAUGGACAGAAGAUGGAAACCUUGCUAGUACCUUAGGUCAACAUAAAGGUCCCAUAUUUGCCCUUAAAUGGAACAAAAAGGGGAAUUACAUUUUAAGUGCUGGUGUUGAUAAAACAACAAUAAUUUGGGAUGCUCACACAGGAGAAGCCAAGCAGCAGUUUCCUUUCCAUUCAGCCCCUGCUCUGGAUGUAGAUUGGCAGAACAACACUACUUUUGCCUCCUGUAGUACUGACAUGUGCAUUCAUGUAUGCAGACUUGGCUGUGAUCGCCCAGUUAAAACUUUUCAAGGACAUACAAAUGAAGUCAAUGCAAUUAAAUGGGACCCUUCUGGUAUGCUGCUAGCAUCCUGCUCUGAUGACAUGACAUUAAAGAUUUGGAGUAUGAAGCAAGAUACAUGUGUACAUGACCUUCAGGCCCACAGCAAAGAGAUUUAUACUAUUAAAUGGAGUCCUACAGGGCCAGGCACCUGCAACCCAAACUCCAACAUCAUGUUAGCAAGUGCUUCAUUUGAUUCUACUGUUCGGCUGUGGGAUGUUGAACGAGGAGUCUGCAUUCAUACAUUAACCAAACAUCAAGAACCUGUCUACAGUGUAGCUUUUAGUCCUGAUGGAAAAUACCUGGCCAGUGGAUCCUUUGACAAAUGUGUCCAUAUAUGGAAUACACAGAGUGGAACUCUAGUACAUAGCUACAGAGGCACUGGAGGCAUCUUUGAAGUCUGUUGGAAUGCUAGAGGAGAUAAAGUGGGAGCAAGUGCAUCAGACGGAUCGGUUUGCGUUCUAGAUCUGCGGAAGUAAAAAUGAAGUGUUUUAGAAGAAAUUUCAAAUGGACCAGCAGUGAAUGUGUGGGGAGAAGCACUCUUCAAAACUAUUCUUAACAGCUCCAGAACUGUAUGAACUUGAAAAAAGUUAGAGUGUACAAUGAAACAACUCUCCCUGGCCACAGAUGUCUAGUAUUUUGUCCGUAACCUUCAUCAAGGAGUAAAAACACAGUCACUUCAGAGGGGGAGGGGAUGGUUUCCACCUGAAACAUUCAGCCUUGGAAGCAUGAAGCCACCAGCUAGACAUUGCACUGUUUUGUUUGCAUCUGAGAACUUGCUCUGAUGGCUGAGAAAAAAAGCUGUGCCAAAAAAAAAAA